AAGCUUGAAGAGAUGACUGAUGGUCUGCAUCUCUCAGUACCUUUUAUCUUCAAAAACCAAGAGACAAUCAGUCUCCUGCACAUUCUCUCACAAACUCCAAAAAUAUGGAACAGAGUAGCAAAUCAUUAGGCCUGAUGCUAUCUUACACAACUCUUUUGUUUCUUGCAUCUGUGCUUAUAGGAUCUGUUGAAGCCUACAAGAACUACACUGUAGGUGAUUCCUUGGGCUGGUAUGACACUCUUGAGAAGCCCCAUGUGAAUUACCAGAAAUGGGUUUCUGGCAAGACUUUCAGCCUUGGAGAUUUCCUCAUAUUCAACACAGACACUAACCACUCAGUUAUUCAAAGUUACAACUUCACCACCUACAAGCUUUGUGAUUUUGAUGAUGCCUUGAGUAAUGAUACCUCUCAAUUGUCGGCUGCUGAUCCAUCAGCAGCGUCGCCCAGCGCUGUCUACUUGGCUGUUCCGCUUGUCAAGGUUGGAAUGACAUACUUUUUCUCUAGUGAUUAUGAUGGUGAGCAAUGCAAAAAUGGGCAACAUUUCAAGAUAAAUGUGACAUAUGGUCAAGGAUUGCCCAAGAGUUUGAAAGAACCAGCUGAUGAAGCUCCAGGACCGGCUGAUCCUGAAUCAGGCGACGAUCAACCUACUCCUGCUACAUCGGUCCCUUCUAGUUUCAAUAAUCCCCGUGACAUAAGUAGUGAUGACGACGAUGACAAAGAUGAUACUAAAGCAUCAGAUUCUGUGUCAUUGGCAGAAUUCUUGAAUCUCUAUGGUAGGCUACUGAAUGGAUUCUUUGUUUUGUUGGGAAUUGUCUGUAUAGUUUGAUAUAAACGUGAGUUCAUUUUUCAUAAUAUCAUUAGUAAGAAUAGAGGAUGAGAAGAAGCAGAGUACCUGUAUUACCAUGUAUAACAUAGUGUGAUUCUUUGUAACAACAUAUUUGAUGGAGUAUAUUGAGUGUAAUAAAUUUGUGGCUUAUGCC